AUGGAUCCCAUCACGAGCUUCUCGCUUGCCAGCGGUGCAGCGCAGUUGGCAGACUUCACCUUCAAGCUGAUCUCCGGCACCACCGCCAUCUACAAGUCGGCCGAGGGCGCAUCCGACGAAAAUGCGUCCAUUGAGGCCAUCGCGGCCAGGUUGCAGGCCCUUGCAGGCAAUGUGGCCGACGCAUCUGAGCUUGUAGAGGCCGGGCUGGUCGACAAAACCGUGGCCAACAUAGCAAAGUCUUGCGGCAGUAUGGCAAAGCAGUUGCUUCACGCCCUCGACCAGUUGAAAACGGACGAAAAGACGGUCUGGAAGAGCUUCUGGGCCGCCCUGAAGACUCUCUGGCAAAAGACCCGCAUCCAGGAUAUGGUAGCCACCCUGAGCCGGGAACAGGCCUCUCUGGUCGUCCAUCUGCAGUGGGGGAUAGCAAACAAACAAUCAUCGAUGCACGAAGCUCUCCGCCAGAUUGACGAACGAACGCUGCAGCUAAGAAUCGACCGCACCGAAACUCUGCAGCACAUCAGAGAUGCAAUCAAGUUGGAAAUAGCCAAAGCGAAAGAAGACAUCAGCCAAGAGAUAGCCAAGAUCAAGGACGUGCAGACGACCGAGUCAGGCCAACCAAUUUUACUACACGAAGAUACAAAGGUUGUGAGGCUUGUGAAUGUCGUAGCUAGCCUUGUCGUCACUGCACAGCAACGCAAUGAUCAGCACGCUUUUCUAUCCACCCUCUAUUUCGACACCAUCAUGGCACGCCAGGCCGGCAUCAGAGAAGCUCACCCCCAGACCUUUGACUGGGCCUUUCGCGACAACAUGCCGGAUGGGACGCCCCUUUCCCUCAACUCGUGGCUGAGAAGCGGCAGCGGCAUCUUUUGGAUCCGGGGGAAAGCGGGCUCGGGGAAAUCAACCCUCACAAAGUUUGUCAUCCAGAGUCCCUUCACACGCACUAUCCUCAAAGCGUGGGCCGGGAGAGACGAACUAGUCAUCGCCAACCACUUCUUCUGGAAUUCCGGAUCAAAGCUGCAGAUGUCACAGACUGGACUGUUCCGGACUCUGCUCUUCGAGAUGCUCCGGCACUGUCCCGAGGUGAUUCCUCAAAUCUGCGAAGCCAUGCCCCACGUCACCGAAGACUCGUACCAGUGGACCACCGAGGACCUACUCCUUGUCAUGGAGGUCGUAUCGAGCCAGAAGAUACCCAAGAAGUUCUGCUUCUUCAUCGACGGGCUGGACGAGUACGAAGGAGACCACUACCAUCUCAUCGAUAUGCUACGGAGACUGGUGUCGUUUGGCAAGGCCAAGAUCUGCUGCUCCAGCCGGCCGUGGACCUGCUUCAUUGACGCAUUUGGCGAGAGUCAAGACAGGCUGCUCAAGCUCGAAGAUCUCACUAAAAAUGACAUCAGGAGAUACGUCCAGGACAACUUCGACAAGCACCCUCAGUUCCUCAAGCACCACUACGACCCAGAGUACAAGACCCUCGUCGAUGACGUUGUCGGGAGGGCGCACGGCGUGUUCCUCUGGGUCUUUCUCGUGGUCCGGUCGUUGCGGGAUGGCCUAACCUAUGCCGACCGCGUCUCGGACCUCCAAAAGCGGCUCGACACGCUCCCGCCAGACCUGGAAACCUUUUUCCAGCACAUCCUCGACUCGGUCGACCCCUUCUACCGACAGCAGUCGUCCGAAGUGUUCCUUCUAGCAGCUUACGCGCCCGAGUCGCUGCCGCUGCCCAUCUACCACAUCCUGGACAACAUCGACGACAGCCCGUCAAAGCUGCUGUCCAUGUCGCUCACGGCACGCGAUCUGGGCUUGCCCGGUCCGUGGAAGGACAAGAUGGCGCGCCGGCUCGACGCGCGAACCAAGGGCCUCAUCGAAGUGAUCAGGUCUCAUAACAACGGUGACCCAGUUCCGCCGCAGUUCCGACACGUGCAGAUGCGCGCCGAGUUCCUACACCGCACAGUGCGCGACUUUUUGCUCACAGGCGACGUCAACACCAUGCUUCGCGGGCGGUGCCGCGCCGACUUUUCUCCCGCCACGCGCCUCAACCAGGCGUUCUUGGUCCUGCUUCGCUCGUCGGAAAUCAUCCGUGCCCCGAGCAUCGCCAACUACGUCGAGAGCUUCGCGUACUUCGCGUGGCGGAUCGAGCAGGAACAGAACACGGCGCCGCCGAUGGCCCUGAUGAAGGCCGCCGAGGCCGCCCUGGCCAAGCUCGACUGGAUGCGCCCAGCUGACCCGCACAAGCAUAAUCUGCGCCCCGCGUCGCUGUUCGCGCUGGCCCUCAGCCGCGGCAUCUACUUGUACGCGACCGCGCUGCUGAAUCUGGAACCCGACGAGCGCUUGAAAGCAGAAAUCUCCAAGAACGAAAGCCCGCUUCUAAGCCUUGUCAUCCUCCCCUUCAACGCAGCGCCGUACCACUGGUGGAGCAUUUCAGUCGAGUUCGUGCAGUUGCUGCUCGAGCAGGGGGCGUCGCCGAGCGCGCGGCCAGCGCGCAACGAGAGCACGCCGUUCGAGAUGUUCCUAGGCGAGCUGAAGAAGCGGCCGCUGCGCGCCGUGUGGAAGGACGAGCUGGGGCUCGAGUACGCGGGCGCCAAGGCCGUGCUGGGCGCCAUGAUUGCCAAGGGCGCGCCGCUCAACCGCCUGCCGGAGGCUAAGGAGAUUAUAAGGUCGAGGUUCGACAUGCUGGACGCCGAGUACCUACUCAGCCUAUCGCCCAUGGCGCCCGCCAUGCCGGCCGCACUCGCACUGAGGGCCAAGGAGAUGGCCAAGCGCAAGUCGGCUACGGUGGGGGCCGGGCAGGAACAGGCGCCCUCGCCGUCGAGCCCGGGCCGGCUGUCGGCGAAGCCGGAGAAGGCGGAUGCCUCUCCGAAGAGGGCGGAUCAUAACAAGACGGCUGGGCUGACGGCGAGGUGGCGCGGGCUGCUCUCGAAGAAGGACCAGUCCGUGGGAACGACGCCAUGA